GAGCUCACUGUACUUGAUUGAUGUCAGCUGAUGUUUGAAACGACAAGUUUUGGCGCGCAAUUUAAUUAGUUUGUGAUGAAAUUUCGUGCGUUAAUAGUUUUUUGUGUGCAAAAAAUUGAUUUGUUUUUAAAAAUAUAUUUAUGCUGUUGCGAAAAUGUCUACACGCAGUUGUGUACCGAUGCAACAAAAAUAUAAUCGUGUAGUUGUACUUGUGGAUAUGGAUUGUUUCUUUUGCCAAGUCGAGGAGAAACUAAAUCCCCAACUUAAAGGACAACCAAUAGCUGUAGUGCAGUAUAAUGCCUGGCGCGGUGGCGGCAUAAUUGCUGUGAACUAUGCAGCGCGUGAAAAAGGUGUAACGCGUCAUAUGCGCGGAGAUGAGGCUAAGGAACGUUGUCCCGAAAUACAAUUGGUUAAAGUACCAAAUAUACGAGAAAAAGCCGAUUUGGGCAAGUAUCGUGAGGCAGGCAAAGAAGUGGCUACUGUGCUACAACGUUUUACACCACUGUUGGGGCGGGCUUCCGUUGACGAGGCAUAUUUAGAUAUAACGGAAGAGGUCAAUAAGCGCUUGGAAGACAUGAAUGCGGGUUCAUUUAUGCUUCAACCGGCGGCUCUUAUAAAUACCUAUGCUGUAGGUUAUACUGGUAUUGGUGAUUAUUUAAAUGUGAUCACGAAACAUUUCAAUGAGCCUAAUGAGGAAUAUUUAGACACAGAAUAUGGUUCAUACGCACAAGCUCAUGACUAUGCCGAUAUGGCGGCUGUACGCCAAAGUGAUAUUCGCUUGAUUAUCGGUGCAGCGGUGGCAAGUGAAGUGCGUGCUGCUGUUAAGGCCGAAACAGGCUAUGAAUGUUCUGCUGGAAUUGCGCACAAUAAAAUUCUCGCCAAAUUGGCAUGCGGUAUUAACAAGCCAAAUAAGCAGACCAUUUUGCCGUUGGGAGAGAUACCCAAGUUAUUCGAAACUUUGCCACUCACUAAAAUACACGGAUUGGGUGGGAAGUUUGGCGAAAAUAUAUGUACCUGCUUGAACAUUCGCUUUCUGGCAGAGUUAUUACCCUUUUCCGAGCAGGAGUUGCAACGGAAAUUCGAUGAAAGGAAUGGCACUUGGUUAUAUAACAUUUGCCGCGGCAUUGAUUUGGAAGCGGUUACACCACGCUUUUAUUCCAAAAGUAUCGGUUGUUGCAAGAAAUUUCCUGGACGUAAUAAUAUAACUGGUUUAAAUACAUUGCGUCAUUGGCUGGGUGAGCUGUCUAAUGAAAUUUGCGAUCGCAUGGAAAAAGAUAUGCUGGAAAAUAAUCGUCGAGCCAAACAAAUGGUGCUAAGCUUUGUGCAAGAAUUCGAUGGUGAAGAGGUAUCGGGGUCACGUUCCGUGCCGCUUAAGGGUUACGAUCAGGAGAUGUUAACCAAAAGCAGCUUGGAAGUGCUGCAGCGACAUACCAAACAAUUUUUCAAGUCCGGCAGCUCACUAGCUUUAAACAAUCCCAUUAAAUUUUUGGGUAUUAGUGUGGGUAAGUUUGAAACAUUACAAAGUGGACAGAAUAAAUUGCAGGAAAUGUUUGCCAAUAUGGCAGCUAAGAAAAAAAACGAAACGGACAAUGACUUGCCAACAGUAGGCCGUGAAGGUAACGGAACUACAUGUACGGACACACCUGUUGCAAAGAAACCCACAUUUUUUCAAAAUUUUUUGCAACGUGAUUCUAAUACAAAUUAUUUGACUGAUUUGAAAGCUAACAGCAUUACUAGUGCUAUAAAUGUCGACAAAAGUUUAACAGUAACGAAUGCAGAGCUGUCUGCUAUAAGUUUAACAAAAAAAUUUGAUAAUUCAGAGCCACCAGAAGUACGUAGCUUCUUUCUAAAUGCUUUAAAAGAGCAGAGACCUAAGGAGAGUACAUACUCGUCAACUACCUUUAAUGUUGAAGCCGAAAAUAAUAUUUUCACCAAUAAUAAUGAAGAGCAUAAAACUGAUAUUUCGAAAAGUUUUUUUACAAAGUUUUUAAAAAAGUCGGAUAUUGAAGAGAAUAAUGUACAAAAAUGUACAAAAAAAAACGCGAACCAGCUACCAAACACCGCACCAUGCCAAAGCACUAAUGUAAUAGAAACGCAUAUGACAAAAACCCCAACAACAAAAAUCAAUGCAAUAGAUUUAACUGUUGAGUUAGAACAACACAUUGAUCAGACAACGUUCGAAACCAAAACGACAGCAACAACAGCCACCAUCAAUGGUAUCAAUACAACAACAAAUAAGCGCAAAUAUACCGCUUUGGUUGGCAAUACAUCGCCAACUCAUAAUUCACCAAAAAACAUGUGGCCAGUAAGGGCUAAGCGUACACCUUCACCAUCAUAUGAAGCAAGUUAUGUUGAAUUUGCGGUGCCAGAGUUGCGUCCGGAAUUCCUACUGAUGACCAAAUGUGCCACUUGCAAAGCGGAUAUACCCUCGGAUGCACGCUCCAUACAGCUGCAUCAAGACCAUCACGUAGCUAUGCAGCUUAGUCAACAAAUACGUGACGAAUAUCGCAAGGAAGUCAAAACAAAACUAAGUGCGCAGAAAGCCACAGCAAUUGCAUCGAUUCCAGGCAAAAAAUCAAAAAAGUCACCAGUACAAGCAACAAAGGCCGGCAGCAACAAAGCUGGCACCAGCAUAACCAAAUUUCUAAAGCCCAUUAAGACCAGUACAACGACAAUUGCCUCAAAUGCAACUCCACUUGUGGAGUCAAGGUCUCCUAGUAUAGUAAUCAAUGUGUUAGAUACCACUGUGCAGGAAACGGUGGUUUGUGUGGAGUGCAACUUGCCCAUAGUCACAACUGCCUUGCAAGAGCAUAAAGAUUUUCAUAUUGCCAAGGCUCUACAGCGUCAACUCAACAUGUUGUAGAUGCGCACUGUGUCGGCGGCUAAAAAUUCAAAUGAACCUAGUCAUAACAACAGCUUGAAUUUAAGUCACGCGAGUGUUAAAAACGUGAAACAAAUCACAAUCAAAUUGAUAGACAAAUAAGUACCUAAAUGCAUACAUAAAUAAGUGUUCUAAGUAGCAAGUAUAAGUGUUUUAAGUAAGCAAGUAUAAGUGUUUUAAGUAAGCAAGCUUAAGUGUUCUAAGUAAGCAAUCAUACAUCUAUGAGUUCAAAGCAGAUUAACAUAUGUUCUUUGUGGAUCACCUCAAAUAUAUGCACACAUUUCAACUUUUACCACUCUCAUAUAAACAGCAUAAG